AUGGCCUGGAACCUCGUCCUGAAGUUCCUGACUGAGACGGCCGUGGAGCCUGUCGAGCACCCGUUUCUCGACAUUGGCGUGAUCGGAGAGCCGGAUAUCGACCGUGCCCUCGACCACGUCGACGUCUUGUCUCAAGUGGCUGCCUGCGAUGCUGACUCCCGUCGCGAGCUGCAAUCCCCUCUUGCGGAUUGGCGUGCGGCGCUGGGGCGCAUGACUUCGACCGAGAUCGGCCAACGUUUGUCCUUCCUCGGCGAGCACCCACUGCGGGGACGGCUGUUGGCAGCAGCGGAGCGGGUUCGAGGGCUGCGUGGGGACGCUGCAGCCCGACAGUUCGCUUGGAAUGUUGCCGAUGCCACGUGGCGCGAUCCUUCGAUUCUCUUGAGGUACGAGGCGGAGUUAGGGCUGGUGGAGACCGAGCUGGAUGUGAUGGAGUCUGAGCCGUCGGGACCGCCGUAG